ACGCCGAAGCGAACGGACUAGUUCCUAUCGGCUCCGUCAUUUAUGGUUAAUUUCGCAGUAUUAAUUUGCGCGAUUCAAGGUCUUGUGUAUCCCAGUGAGUUUGUGAAGUCGAGAGACGCCAACGGAUAACAAAGUUCCCAAAGGUACGCCUUUUUUGCCGAAAUAACAGACAUUUUCCACCACCGUCGUGCGCGGGGCCGCUAGGCCUAGGUGUGCUCCACGAGCGAUAGGCCUAGUCGCUGUCGCUCCUGCCGCGGCUCGCCGUUUCGGCGGCGGCCACUAAGCCCCGAGAUGGAGGGGACGUCCGCUCGGGCAACGAUCUUCGACUCCCAAAUGUGCGUGCAAGUUCAAGGCGAAGAUCUUUCACCAGAGGAAUUCCACAGCGGCACUGGAUGGACGCAAGUGGGGGAACGCAUGUCCAGACUACGUCAACGAGACCUUGUCGCGAAGCUCGCCGGCACCGACAACCAAGUAAGCAAGAAUGCGAAGGGUAACAAGAACGUUAGAGCCUCGGCCAUCAAGGCAGCGAGAAUGCCAGCCAUGCCGCUGGAGGAAAACAAGAUCGUCAUCAGACCCCGUGGGGGAUUGGACAUUACCAAGAUUGGCACCACGACCGUCGCCACGGCCAUUCUCGCCGCGGCCAAGAUUACGACUGAAGAGAACGCAUCAGACACCAUUUGCCCAAACGCGCUACAAAACAUCAUGGUAGUCAGCACGCCUAAGGAGGAAAACGCCGUCCGCUACGCGAGAAUUCAAACGAUAUCCAUUCAAGACAAGACCUUCGAAGUCAGCGCGUACCGCACGGCGCCGCACGACACCGUGAAGGGCAUCAUCCGCGGCAUCCCUGUCAACGCGAGUGCCGAAGAACUCGACAGCAACAUUGUAAACGACAGAAACCCACUCGCCGUAGGAGCCAAAAGAAUCGGCAACACGACCACGAUCAUUGUAGCCUUCGGAGGACCCAAGGUACCGAACUUUGUCCGAUACGGUGUCACGCUCAUACCGUGCAACCUGUAUAGAAAGCAAAUAGACGUCUGCCACCAGUGUGGCCGGGUCGGGCAUCGCAAGGACGUGUGCCCAACUCCAACCAACCGCAUCUGCAGGGGCUGCGGCCAAACAAACCCAAAGGAAGACCACAAAUGUACGCCCAAAUGCAAACUUUGCGGAGGCGCUCACUUGACCGCCGAUAGAGAAUGUAAAGCCAAAUACAAGGUUCCCUACGUCGUCCGCAAGCGGCAGUGGGAGCGCCGAAAGCAAAACGUCAGCGACUGGCUGCCGUCGGAGAGCAACUUCCCGCUACUCGACGAGCCAGCUGCCCGCAAGUCAAGGACGCCAUCGAGAAACCGCGCGCCGUCGAGAAAUAGCAGCAGCAGGAGCCAGAGCAGAGACGCGCGACAAACAAAAAGCCAAAGAUCAAAGUCGCGCGAGAGAGUCAGUUGGGCCGACGCCGCACGAGGUAUCAAGAAGACCAAUUCGAACGACAAUGCCAAGAAAGAAGACAAAGCUUCAACCAAGGAACGAGAAAUCAACGAGGCCCUGAAACAGGAGAACGCGUCCCUGCGAGCCACCAUCAACAACCUCACCAAGGAAAUAGCGGAGAUUCGCAACGUCUUAUGCACCAUCGAACAGCCAAGAUCCUGCCCGAGCGACAACAACAAGGUCGAAGAAGCUACGACAGACGGAGAUAAAGCACCGGCACCGAAGAAAAGGGCCUUCGAAUUGCGUAAGACCACGAAAAACGUAAGCAGCUGCAGCUCCGGCAGCAGCAGCUCCGGCAGCAGCAACAACAAUGUCGAGGCGAAACUCAGCAGCCUCGAGGAUAUGAUCAAAUCGAUGAAGGAAGCCAUCCAAGCCUUCCAAACGGAGAACGUCAACAGACUCAAUAACCUGGAAAGGAGCUUGCAACUAACCCUAAGCAACCCAACGUUCGGGCCCCUACAGCAGCAAGUCAACCAAGCGCAGCAACCCGGAGAACUUCGAAUAGGACCAUCAUGGCCUCCAGCUCCACAGGCAUAACGAUGUGGCAGUGGAAC